AUGAAGGAUGUCUCCCGUCAUGAUCUUGCUCUUCUCGCCAUAACUUACUUCAUUUUCGUUCACGCCAUCGGCCUUUAUAUAUUCACUCGUGGCUUUCUCCUCACUCGUCUCACUAUACCCUCUACCGCCCCGCCAUACUCCGUCUCAAACCCUCCUCCCAUACCUCCCACUCACUCGAAAGCAAUCGUACUAAUCAUUGACGCUCUUCGGACCGACUUCAUCUCUCCUCACCAUCCUCAACACUCAUCUCCGUAUCAUCAUGGGAUUCUCACCCUUCCUGCGGAACUGGCCGCUACCACACCACACCAUUCACUUAUAUUCAAUGCCUUUUCCGAUCCACCCACAAGCACCAUGCAGCGACUCAAAGGGAUCACCACUGGUUCCUUACCAACCUUCAUUGACAUAGGCUCCAAUUUCGCCUCAACAGCAAUAGACGAGGACUCUUGGAUAUCUCAACUAGUCGCUGCGGACAAAAAGGUCAUCUUUAUGGGAGACGAUACAUGGGUCAACCUUUUCCCUGAAACAUUUGCCAUUCAACAUCCAUAUGAUUCUUUCAACGUCGAAGAUCUCCAUACCGUUGACAAUGGUGUCAUACAGCAUCUAUUGCCUUAUUUGGCGAAGGAGAAUUCUACCCGAUGGGAUGUCCUUAUUGGGCAUUUCCUAGGUGUGGAUCAUGUGGGACAUCGGGUGGGUCCGGAGAGAGAGACAAUGCGAAUCAAGUUAGAACAAAUGAAUCUCGUCCUUCGGGAUGUUGUGGAUAGGAUGGACGAGAACACUCUUUUAGUACUGCUAGGUGAUCAUGGUAUGGAUCAAAAGGGAAAUCAUGGGGGAGACUCGGACUUGGAGACAGCCUCGGCUAUGUGGCUGUACUCAAAAGGUGUCCCACUGUCUAGCAAUAUGGACGUCCCGACGUUGGUACGAAGCUGGCCGAACUAUACAUUUCCUGGUAGUCUGACACCCCUACGACACAUUGACCAAAUCGACAUUGUGCCGACACUAUCGCUCCUUCUGGGCAUCCCAAUACCAUUCAAUAAUCUAGGUUCGGUCAUACCUGAAUGCUUCACCAGCAAUAUGUCCAGACUGGAGAUGGCGACAAGGGUGAAUGGGGAACAAAUCAAACGAUACUUACACGAAUAUGGGGAUAAAAAUGUCGAGGGUGGUCUCGAUGAUCCAUGGGCGAGAGCUUCCGCAGCCGCCCGCCUUGGCGGAGCGAUGGCCGCGUUGCAUCAUUCCAUAACCACUCACCGUGUCUUCGCUCAAUCUUCUCUAUCUCGCCUUCGUAGUCUAUGGGCUCAAUUCUCGCUUUCGUCCAUUCUUGUUGGAUUGACAAUUCUUCUCCUUAGCGUGCCAGCCUUAAUUCCGCUUUACCACCGCUCUCAACAACCCGGAUGGGAAGAAUUUGUUCGUGCGGCUUUGACCGGGGCCAUGUCCGCUGCUGUAGUCGGUAUGCUCCUACCUCUCCCUGUCCUCAUCUUCAUGUACUCGCCAUUGGAUAUCCUCUGUAUGGCCAUCCCACAAGGAAUUAUCGCUUCUGAACUUUUCCUCUGUUCUCCUUUGAUUUUCAUUGUUCGCCUUACUCAUCGUAAACUCACUCUCGAACGAGUCAUCGGUCCCGUCAUCCUCCUAAUACACGCCUUAUCAUUCGGUAGUAAUUCCUUCAUCAUGUGGGAAGAUCGUAUCGUUGUAUAUCUUCUCGUUACGAUCCUUAUCGUCUUUUUGAUCAAAUCUUUCACCGCUCCUACCGCAGCUCUACGACUUCGAAUUCUUGGUCUAUCUCUUCUUGCCGGUCUCCUGGUCCGAUUGUGCGGUGCCAUCACGGUGUGUAGGGAAGAACAACAACCUUAUUGUCGUGUCACCUUCUUUUCCGGAUCUACACCAACCGCUCCUACUUGGGCUCUUAUCGCCAUCCUUCCAUUAGCCCUUCAAUUACCAAGAGUGAUAGGAUUGACACUUGAUCGUUCCAAAUCACUCGGAGGACCAGCGAGACUUAUCGUAGGUAUUUUAUGGCGAUCAACUUUAUUCAUUUCAGCUUUAUAUUGGUUACUAGAAUAUGCAGAAGGAACAGAUUCAGUCAAUCCUGCUAGAAUCCCUCUUCUUCGACUCAUUCGUAUGUGGUUGGCAAGAAUAGGUUUCUUCAUUCUUAUCGGAUCAAUACCAUAUUGGUUAAUCUCAGGAUUGUGUAUCACCAUACAACGCAAUACGAAUCAAAUCGAAAAUGAAGAUGAAGCUCCAGUGGUAGUAUUAGGUUUCGCCAAUGUUUAUGGGUCAACUUAUCUCUUAUUCUAUCUAUUAGUAUUUGGAUCAAUUUAUCUUGUCAAUCAACCCAUGGGACAAAUAACUCUAUCUCUGCUGCUAAUAUCAUUAUUGGCAUAUCUUGAAUUGAUCGAUUCUCGUCGAGAUUCAUUUUUGAUCCAUCGUUCAUUUUCUUCUUCCAUCAUCACCACUCAACCUUCCUCACCUCACGAUUCUACGUCAAACUCGCAUACAUCCAACACUUCCCGUAAUCCCACAUAUCAAUCAAUCUCAUCCCCACCCAUUGAUCCAUUCUCGACACUGGAAACGACCCACGAUCCCCUGUCUCCGUCAUUUACCGAAUUAGUCCCUUUGUUGUUAAUGGGUUUCAUCGGUUUUUUCGCCACGGGUCAUCAAGCCGUUUUAACUACCAUUCAAUGGAAAGCUGCUUUUGUGGGAGUAUCAAAUGUCGUCUAUCCUUGGUCUCCAUUUCUAGUGGCAUUGAAUUCUUUCGGUCCCUUCCUAUUAUCUGCCUUGGCUGGACCUUUAUUAGCAUUAUGGAACACAGAACCAAAUCAAAAAUCAACUGCACGAAGACCAGUUUUAGGUCACACAUUACGAAUAGGAAUAGCGACCAUGAUUUACCAUACCGUCUUGACCACUAGCAGCGCAAUAUGCGCCGCUUGGCUAAGAAGACAUUUAAUGGUUUGGAAAGUAUUCGCACCGAGGUUCAUGUUGGCAGCAGUCACUUUGUUAGUGGUGGAUAUUGGGGUGUUAUUAGGGUUGAUGGCGAUGAGAGUUACAGGGUGGAAAGUAUGGAGAACAUUUAAAUGUGAGAGUGUAUAG